AUGACAAGAAAGCAGCAGCAGCAGCAAAACCAACAACAUGAGAAGCAGAAACAACACCACAUGUUGCAGUGGAUGCGUGUAUUGGUUGCUGCAGGGGUCCACUAUGGCCUCAUUCAAGUGAUGCCUCUUCUGGCUUUAGACAAUUUAUUGCCCGAUCAAGUGGAAGCAAAUCAGCAAGAGGAGGGGGGGAUUGCCAGUACACCCGACAACAGCAGCAGGAGCACAGCUACCAAUGGCGGGCAAACAACAACAGCAAAGACAGGCAGACAGGACGGACUGUCUGCUUUUCCUCUCUCUGUUCUCGAGCGCAGUGCUGAGGAGCUGCGUCUGACACCGCAGCAGGCAGCAGCACUUGCUGCUGCUGCUGCUGACCCUGCUGCUGCAGCCGAUGCAGCCGCUGAGGCAGCAGCAGCAGCAGCAGAAAGCGAAGCUCGUGCAGCAGCAGACACUGCCUUCUUCGAGGAGUUUGCUCUCACUUCGGCUCCAAUUCACACACCACCGUCGAGUGCAGCUCAAAUAACAGCAGGGGGAGCAGCAGCAGCAGCAGAUGCAGCAGCAGCAGCAACAACUAACCGUAAGGUGCACUUGCUGCUAACGAUUCAUGGCCACCGUGGCUCGUGGACUGCAUUCUUCCCUUUGAUGGAGACAGUUAUUAUUAGUGGCAGCUGGGGUGGUGGCAAGCUGUACAGACAUCCGAAACACCCGCUGCCUCUGCCUCCUGAGGUGCAGCCUCAGACGGAAGGGCCUAGCAGAUGGCAUUCGUAUUCUUUAGACUUCAAUGAAGAGGCCACGGCAAUACAUCCUGUGCUCGUCGAUCAACAGGCGGAAUUUAUUUUGUUGGCGCUGCAGCACCUGCUGGAGCGGUACAAGCGUGGGGGCCAGCAGGUGCAGCACGUAGCAAUCGUGGCGCAUUCUCUGGGGGGACUGUCUCUUCUACGGGCUCUUUCGUUGCAGCAGCAUAGCCGCCGGGUGUCGCCUCCUGUCGAUCUGCGGGAGCUAUCUCUUUUGUCCCUCUUUUUCAUCAAUUCGCCAGUAAGCGGUCACCAACUCGUGCAGCAGCUCCCCAGCUUCCACUGGAUGUACAGCCAGGUGCAUGAAGACCUCCCGCAGGUACUGGGGUUGGCUCAUAGCAUGAGCAGCAGCAGCGCCAAUAGCGACAACCAGGAGCAGCAGAAGCAGCAGCAGAAGGAGCAGCUGCAGCAGCUGCUGCAGGAACAGCAGGCGCUGCUACUGCCGCGCACAGUGGGUCUCUUCACUGUCUCCUCUGGGACGCAAGACAUUCUCGUACAUGAAUCGGUUGCAAGCUUUCCUGAGGCGACGCCUGAGAUUUUUCCUCACUUCUUCCUAGCAAUGGCAAGCCUAAAAAUCGCCCGCAGCAGACUCACCGCUCUCAGCCGACAGCUGCAGCAACAGCAGCAGCAGGAAGAGGAGCGAGCACAACAAAACGGGAGUCAGGGUGCAGCUUCCGAGAGCAGCACCAGCAGUCAUCGCAACGAAGGCAGCAGCAGCAACAACAGCAACAGUAGCAGCGGUAGCGCGGCGUCCGAGUGCCUAGGGUUGGCUGGUGCGUCUCGCUGCGGUUUAUUGUCUCGUGAGAUAUAUUAUACACGGGUUUCUCUUCCCCUCAGUUCAGGUGUACAUACAUCGUCUUGCCACGAGUGCCCUCUGCAAUCCCUCUCGGAAGUGAAGGUAUUCGUACAGCUGCUGCAGGCGCAGGUGGCUCUUGCUGAGCAGCUGGAGCCUGCUGCUGCUGCCGUCCGUGCUUUCUUGCAGCAGCAGCAGGAGCAGAGUGAGAGGCAGCAAGUAGAGGAGCAGCUGAGUGGGAGGGCGCACCUGGUGCAGGGGCAGGCGGGGGAGCUGCAGCAGGAGAUGCAGUUGCAGCAGCAGCAGCAGCAGGUGAAGCUGCAGCUGAAGGCUGUGAAUGCUGCCUUGGCUUCAGGGGCUGCAGUGUUGCAGUUCCUACGGUUGCGUUUGCCUCCGAUUUUGCUAUCCAGCUUUUUGCUUCUGCACCCUGCAUGGCGGCUUACGGAGCAGCAGGACUUUUUGUCUCUUAUCCUUGCUGCCGUGGAGACGGAGGUGCAGCAGCGUUUGCUCUCUCCCUUUAAUGCUGGUGCUGCAGCAGCAGCACCAGGUUCCGGGGCCACCACCAGGGUGGGGAACUCGCCCAAGGCCCUCGCUGCACUCAUCCGCAGCGGCAACUGCAGCAGCUGCAGCAAGGAGGAGGUCUGUCUGUACACCAAAGGCAUGCUAGCUAUCCUUUUCCAUACGCACGAAAGAGCAGGAGCAGCUGCUGCUGCGGGUGAAGCAGGAGCAGCCCUCGCUGCUGGUGUUGCUGAGGAAGACGACGAGGAGGAGCUUUGUUGGGCAGCAGCAGCAGAAUUGUUGCUGCUGCCGCAGCGGGCGCGUUCAGCACUGCCGCUGCUGCAGGAACAUGUGUUGCGCUUCAAGUACGGGCUGCCUGCAGAAGAAGAUACGGCGGAAACAGCAGCAACAACAGCAGCACGAUUGGGGUCGGAGCUGCUCCCCCCCAACUUCCUCAUUCAGGCGAAGCUAUUGGCUAUGCUGCCCAUCUCUCCGGAUCGGUUGCUUCUUCUGCCCCUCGAGACCCAGCGGCUGCUGAAUGAGGCCCUCCUUGGUGCAGCCUGCACCAGCAGCAGCAGUAGCAGCAGCUGCUGCGCAGCGGACAAUGCAUGCCUCGAGGAAGCUCUAAGGGAGGGGCACAGCAGAUCCUGGGGUCCUUUCACGGUGUACCCAGUCAGCCUGCAGCCUUUGCAGCUGCAGGAGACCGGAAACCCAGCAGCCUCAGCAGCACUAGCAACAGGUUGGCCUCUGUUGCAGGCAGGACGGCCGCCCCCGCUGCCUCUGGUGACACUUCAGCCCAGCACAUUAGAAACCUCCACCCGGACCUUUUUUGCCGACUUCUUUGAUGGAAGAAGCUCAAGGCCCUGCGACCUUCGUGCCUUGACGCAGCAGCAGCAACAGAACCCAAAACAGCAGCACCUGCAUGCAGCACUCCUAAGCCACAUUGCCGCCGUGGCUGUAGCUAAGGCAGCAGCAACCGGCACAAGCAAGACACCCGAUGAGGCGGCAGCAGCUACUGCUGCAGCACAAGCCUCUGCUGUUGCUGCUGCUGCUGCUGAGGCACUCACAGUUGGCCGACGCAGCGAAUUCCUGCCUCGGGGGUUGCUGCUGCUUGCAGUGGAGCACCCAGCAGCAAAUUAUCUUUCGCGUCUGACACAGAAGAAGCAGCAACUACCCAAGGUCGCUCUUCAUGACGAUGCAGCAGCAGCAGCACCUGCUGCGGCUGCUGGUGCUGCUGCUGAUGAUGCUACCGCUCCUGCAGAUUUCGGGAUGGACGAAUGCAACCACCCCGAACUCUUGCAGCGGGUUGUGCGGAGCAUUGAGGCAAGCAUACCCGCAACAGGAGGGGCGCCAACAGCAGCAGCAGCAGAAGGUGAGGUGGGGGGACGACGCUUUUGCUUUUUCGCCCUCCAGCCAGACAUACAGACGAGCUACCCGCUGCGCAGCUGCGGCUGGACGUUUAACGGUGGCGGUGCAGUCCUCGCUGCUCUCGCUGCAUCGCAGCCGCAGCAACAGCAACAGCUGAAGCAGCAGCAGCAGCAAUCGCAGAGUUGGGAGCCUCGCGCUUUUUUAUUGGGGAUGGAUGUUGGCUAUUUGGGGUCGCUCGAAGUUCCCACAUUUGACAACGGGUUCGCUUCGUGGGCUGCUGCUUCUGAGCAGCAGCAACAGCAGCAGCAAACGCAGCAAAAGUAUGCUGUGGGGGACCCGUUGGCGGGUCCUAUAAUGCAGUUUGAAAAUGCGUGGUUAGAGUGGCUGGCACAGAAAUGUCUCCUUUUGCGAAUUUCUCUGUCACUUUUCUUCCCGAUGCGCGCGAGGCUGCCCGCCUUCGCCUACCCUCUCUCCACAAGCAGCAGCCGCAGCAGCAGGAGUGGGACGGGGGGCGCUGCUGCUGCUGCUACUGCUGCUGCUGCGGGGAAGCUGGGGGUGCCUCGCCCCUUCUGGCUGCCGUAUAACGAACGCUGGGGGCACUUGAUGCCGUAUGACAUCAGCGUACAUCUGAGCCGUCCGCAGCUGCAGCAAACGCAGACUCACAGCAACAACAGCAGGACCAGCAGGUCAAAUCCAUGGUGGCUGCCUACGUUUGCUGCUCCUGAGUUUGUGUGGCUGCUCGCCUGGCCCUCUGUCUCAGCUGGGGGCUUGGGUCUCAGCCGCGUCGCAGUGAAUAAAGGAGCUUCUCUGGCUGUAGCAGCAGCAGCAGCAGCAGCCCGCUCUGCAACUGCGCGGAACGUAGCAGCCGGUGCUCCUGCAGCACCUGGAGCUGCUGCUGAAGCUUCUGCUGCACCGGCUGCUGCUGCUGCUGCACCUUCCGCUGCGGGAGGUCUGCCUUCGGGGCUGACAUUGCUGCAACGGCUUUUACGAACUCCUGCAAUCAGGUCGCAACAUCUGCAAGAACUGUUCGCUGCUGGGGCGUCUCACGGCAGCUUCAAACAACAGCGGCAGCCGGAGCCUCAGCAGCAGCAGCAGAACGAGCUGCAAGAGGAGGAGGAACAACAGGACGAGCUUGAGGAGAAGAUGCUGCAGCAGCAGCAGCGCCUGCUUCAGCUGCAGCAGCUGCUGCAGCAGCGAAUGGGCCGGAAAAGCGUCUUUGCCCUGAAAGACGUGGAGAGCUCCAGCAGCAUCAUGGCUCUUCGGAGGCCCCCCCCAGAUGCUACUGUUGCUGCAUCUCUCCCUCCUGCUGCUUUACCCCGUAGAACUCCUUCAAGGCUAUACAGACAGCACCUUCUGCCUUUGCAGCUGCCCCGGGGGACAGCAGCAGCGGGCAGAUGGCCUGCAGCCGCCACCCCAGCGGAGGCCGCAACUGCCGCUGCAACAACAGCAGCAGCAGCAGCUGCCGCUGCCCCCUUACUGGCAGCAAAGGAGCUGUUGCAAAAUGCUCAGCUGCAGCUGAAGGCAGCAGAAAGGGAACUGGCAGAGAGGCAGCAGACACACAUACCGUUGCUGCUGCUGCAGGACCCCCAACGCAACGUCCUCGCGACCGCCUACACUGCAGCCGCAACCAGCAGCAAUAACAGCAGCAGCAGCAGGCGUAGCAGCAACACUGGCGACACUUAUCGAGGCAGCCGCAGCAGCGACAGGGACAGCAGCAACAGCAGCUCUAGCAGUAGCAACCAAAGCAGCAGCAGCAGCAGCAGUGAUGAGGAGUUCUACGAGUUUGUGGUGGAGGCUCGCUUGAACUGGCUGUCUUUCUUUAGGGUUUUGUUUGGGGAGUACUUAUAUCUCUUCCUCGCCGGUGUCUCCGCAAACACAGCGCUGUUUUUCGGCCUCUCCUCUCUUUUUAUCUUUGCCAAGUUCUGCUUGCUAACGCAACAGCAGCAGUACCAAGCCCCGCAGGAGCAGCAGCAGUAUACAACGGGGGUUGCAGGAGGCGGCUGCCGAGCGUACAUCCACAGGGGCGCCGCGUGUCGGCUGCUGCACCAGUCCAUGAAACUGUUCGCCCUAAUGGGUUUAACGUGCCGAAGAGCAGCGGCAACAGCAACGGCAACGGCAGCAACAGCAACAGCAGCAGGAGCAGAUUCGUUGCAAUGCACGGGCUCUCUUCCCUUCGGAGUAUUUUGGGGCAGCAAGGGAACAGCAACUCUUUACCUGCUGUUCAGCAUCCUUAGCUGUCUCGUCUGCUGCAGUGUCUCUAAGGAGACACUGCAGCAGCUGCCCCUUGUGGGGCCCCACGCCUUCCGUCCGAACUCACCCACGGCCUUUACUCCAAUGCCGUUGCCGUUCCCGCUGCUGUUGCUGCUUUUUUGGUGCUCGUCUGUCGUCGUCUUGCUGGUUUUGCGGGUUUUAGUGCUGCUGCUGCUUUGCAUGCAGCACUUGCAGCUGCCGUUUCCAUCGCAGAGCCGGCGAGCGGCAGCUGCAGCUGCUGCAGCAGCAGCAGCAGCAGCAGCAUCAGUAACUACGCGGGUUAGGCGGCUAGUGGUGACGUUUUCAGGAUGGGUGAGCAGCAUCAGCGAAUGGCGGCGCAGCUGUCUGUACACUCGAGGCAGGCGAUUUACUCCUUUGUACAUGUCCACAAACGGAUGUACUGUUGCUUCUGUUGCUGGUUCUGCUGCGGGCGAGGAGGACGAGGAGAUAGAAUUGCAGCCGACUUCGGCUGUUCUAAUGCUGUCGCCUUCCGCCGCUGCCUCCCCACAGCACACAUCUGCCACCACAAUAUCGAGGCGGUCUCCUGUAGCAGCUACUGUAGGCGAUACUGCAACAGCAGCUGCUGUACAUGCACCGGAGCCAGAUUCUCUUUGCAAGGGAUGCUACCGCAGCAAAGGCGGCAGCGAAGGUUGCAGAGUGCAAGCGCAUGCUUCAAAGAGCGUCUACUGCAGCAAAAGCAGCAAAAAGGGCUUUAAAACAGCUGGUGUCCAUGGGCGUGGUGAAGUUGGAAGGCCCGCAACAGCAGCAGCAGACGCAGCAGCAGACAUAGUGAUAGCAACAGACGCAGGCCCAAGCUUGGCGGACACGGAGUGCUGCGGGUACACUUCACAUACCAAAGCUGCAGGGCAACGGGUCCGGUCGAGGCUCUGCUCUCCGAGGAAUCUGGCUGGUGCUGCUGCUGCUGUCCUGCUUCUGGCUGCUGCAUUGUUUCCCUACCGCCUGGUUUUGUUGCUGCUGCCCUUCUACGUUGUCCUCUUUUUUCUUGAGCUGGGAAGCAACGUCGUAGUUGCCAACCGCCAGCGCUGCAGGCUGCACCCAGGCAGCAGCAGCACGGGCAGCAGCAACACAAGCAGCAGCAGCACGAGCAGCAGCAACACGGAUAGUAGCAGCAGCAGUAGCAGCAGCCAAUGGGCAUCGACCAACGGAGGCUGCGUGGUUGAGUGGGCGAUGGAUUCGUGUCGCUUGGGUUGCCUUGCUGCGGUUAGCAGUAGCAGUGCCAGCAGCAGGUCAUUUUCCGUUGAGCUGCUUGGUUCUGUCCUGUCUGCGAGCAAACGGCUUGUUGGUCGUUUUAAUGGUUUCUCGUUGCUUUCGCCUUUGUCGCCUGACGCAGACGCGUCCGCAACCGAGCACGACAUGCCCCACGUAGCGGUAGCACCAACGCACCAGCUGCGAAGGUCGCAGGCUGGAGCAGCAGCAACAGCAGCAACGUCAGCACUGGCACAGGCGGCAGCAGCAGCAACAGCAGCACCAGAAGCAACAGCGGAAGAAGCAACAACAACAGCAACAGCAGCAGCAGAAGUAACAGCACCGCAGGUGAUGCUAUACACGAGUCCAACCAACAGCCGUACCAACACCAGCAGCAACAGCAGCAGCAGCUGCAGCGGCACAAUGAGCGAAACGGACGGCCCUUUUCUUGCUGCGUAA